AAGAGCGAGUGAUUGGGGUCUUUGCCGAGUGAGAUGCCGAUUGAGGAGUCAUACUUGGAUGGAGGAACGGCUGCAGCGCUAGUUAGUUAAUGUUUCCAAUGUUCUUAGAGCGCGCAUGAUUCCUGUAUGUAUUUGUCUACCUACCAUGUUCAAUUGGUUUUCGAAGUAGUUCGGAAUUGACUUUCCUGUGAAAGUUACAAUACGAGUACGGCAUAUAUAAGUGUUUAAGCAAUUGAGGAUAAUACAAUUGCCCCUCCAUUCACCCAAUAUCAACACCAUCUCUCGACAUCAGUAGAAUCUCAACAUUAGCAAAAACAUCAACAACCACAAUGUCGUCCACCACACCCACCACCACCAGCCCAUCCCCCCUCAAAGCCCCCCAGCACAUCCUCUCCCUCCUCUCCACCCUGCACGCCCGCUCCCUCGAGCAAGAAUCCCAACUCUCCGCCACCGGCAAAGUAUUCUCCUCCACCGUGCUCGGCGACCUCGAAGACAAGAAGAACUCCUCCACCACCUCCACCACAACCGCAAAAGCCGACUUCGACGCCCUCAUGCUCGACAAAUUCAUCGCCCUCGACGAGGACAAAUGCCACUUCACCUACCAACUCCUGACCGCGCUCCGCGCCACCAACGUCGUCGAAGCCGGCACCAGCUUCGGCGUCAGCACAAUCUACCUCGCGCUCGCGGUGUCGCGCAACAUGGCCGCGACGGGGAAACCGGGGACCGUCAUCGCGACGGAGAAGGAGGAGCAGAAGGCGGAUGUCGCGAGGGGGUACUGGCGGGAGUGUGGUGAGGAGGUCGAGGGGGUUGUUGAUCUUCGCGUUGGGGAUCUGUUGGAGACGCUGAAGGAGGGGCUGCCGGAGAGGGUGGAUUUGUUGCUGUUGGAUAUAUGGUCCGCCCUCGCGCUCCCGACACUCAAGACUGUCCUCCCGCGCCUCCGCGCUGGCUCCGUGGUGCUGGCCGAUAAUACGAUCUCCGGCGCUGAGGGGUAUAAGGACCUCCUUGCGUUCUUGCGUGCGCCGGACAGUGGGUUCACGAAUGUUACGUUGCCGUAUACGAAUGGGUUUGAGAUGAGCGUUUAUGCGGGGGCUGAGUAGGUGGGAUGUUCGAUUGUGGGGAAGGGGAUGGGAUGGGCGGAGGAUGGGUGAUUGUGGAUGUAUGUACGGGUUAUGCUAAUAAUGAUAUGAU